CAUUUCGCCAAUAUUAUAAAUAAAUAAAAAAUAAAGAAAAAAAAUAGAUCGUUAGAAAACGUGUAUAUGUGCAUCUCGGUUUAUUCAUUUUUUCUUUCGCAUCAAUCUUCUUCGAUGCUCCGACUCUGCAUCGAAUGUCCCAAAGAGUUGUAAUAAGUCCUUAUCGUUCUCUUUCAUCGGUUCCACGAAGAAGACAAUCAACGGCGAUUAGAAGCUGGUAAAGCUUUAUGUCCUGAAGAUAAAGGUGGAGGUGUUAGGUUCGAGUCUUAGCAGCUGCGGAGAGAAAAUUUAGCAAUCAGUUCUUGUCCCUGUUCCAAAGAUAUUAUCAGCUUCGGUCCGGAACUAGUUUCUUCAUUCUGAUGUACUUAACCAUAAGUGUUUAGACGCGUGUUUGCUCCGUCAGCACACAAACUCUCUUGUUGCUUAGCUUCUCCAUGGUGUCGAGAUCUUGCGCAAACUUUCUCGACUUAUCAUCUUGGGACUUGCUGGACUUCCCUCAAACUCAAACUCAGAGAGCUCUUCCUCGCGUCAUGACUGUUCCCGGCAUCGUCUCCGAGUUAGAAGGAGACGGAUCCUCCGACGUUAACUCCUCCACCGGCUCCCACGAGCGGAAGAUUAUCGUCGCCAACAUGUUGCCUCUACAAGCCAAAAAAGACGCGGAAACAGGACAGUGGUGCUUCACCUGGGACGAAGACUCUCUCCUCAUCCAGCUCAGAGACGGGUUUCCUUCAGACACAGAGUUCGUUUACAUAGGCUCACUCAACGCUGAUAUUGCUAUAAACGAGCAAGAAGCUGUUUCGCAAAAGCUUCUGUCGGAAUUCAACUGCGUUCCCACGUUUCUACCGAAGGAGAUUCAAGAAAAGUACUACCGCGGCUUCUGUAAACACCACCUCUGGCCGCUCUUCCACUAUAUGCUCCCCAUGUUCCCUGACCACGGCGACCGUUUCGAUCGCCGUCUCUGGCAGGCGUACGUCUCGGCAAACAAGAUAUUCUCCGACAGGGUGAUGGAAGUCAUCAACCCGGAGGACGACUACGUCUGGAUUCAAGAUUACCAUCUGAUGGUUCUCCCCACGUUCUUGAGGAAACGGUUCAACAGAAUCAAGCUCGGAUUCUUCCUCCACAGCCCCUUCCCCUCUUCAGAAAUCUACCGGACUUUACCCGUCCGGGACGACAUUCUGAGAGGGCUGUUGAACUGUGAUCUCAUUGGCUUCCACACGUUUGAUUACGCGCGGCAUUUCUUGUCCUGCUGCAGUAGAAUGCUUGGACUCGAUUACGAGUCCAAGCGCGGUCACAUCGGGCUAGAUUACUUUGGUCGAACCGUGUUUAUCAAGAUUCUUCCUAUAGGCAUCCAUAUAGGUAGGCUUGAGUCUGUUCUGAACCUCCCAUCAACCGCGGCGAAAAUGAAAGAGAUUCAAGAACAGUUCAAAGGGAAGAAGCUGAUCCUCGGCAUCGACGAUAUGGACAUUUUCAAAGGCAUAAGCCUUAAACUUAUAGCCAUGGAGCAUCUUUUCGAGACGUAUUGGCAUAUGAGAGGCAAAUGUGUCCUUAUUCAGAUAGUGAACCCGGCGCGUGCCUCGGGUAAGGAUGUGGAAGAGGCGAAGAGGGAGAUAUAUGUAACUGCUAAAAGAAUCAACGAGCGGUACGGCUCCCCUGGUUAUGAGCCAGUUAUCUUGAUUGAUCGUCUAGUUCCACGUUAUGAAAAGACUGCUUAUUACGCUAUGGCGGACUGCUGUUUGGUGAACGCGGUAAGAGACGGCAUGAACUUGGUUCCGUACAAAUAUAUCAUCUGCAGGCAAGGGACUCCGGGUAUAGAUAAAGCCAUGGGGACUAGCCGUGACUCGCCGCGCACAAGCAUGCUUGUGGUCUCUGAGUUUAUCGGCUGCUCGCCUUCUUUGAGUGGUGCCAUCAGGGUGAACCCUUGGGAUGUGGAUGCUGUUGCGGAAGCGGUUAACUUAGCUCUCAAGAUGAGCGAGGCCGAGAAGCGGUUACGGCAUGAGAAGCACUAUCAUUACGUUAGUACUCACGAUGUGGGCUAUUGGGCGAAGAGCUUUUUGCAGGAUCUAGAGAGGGCGAGCCAGGAUCAUUAUAAUAAACGUUGUUGGGGUAUUGGUUUCGGCUUGAGUUUCAGAGUUUUGUCAUUGUCUCCGAGCUUUAGGAAGCUGUCUAUCGACCACAUUGUCUCCACGUAUAGAAAGACAGAGAGAAGGGCGAUAUUUUUGGAUUAUGAUGGCACUCUUGUUCCUGAGAGCUCGCUUGUCAAGACCCCUACUGCUGAAGUGCUUUCUGUUCUGAAAUCUCUGUGUGAAGAUCCUAAAAACACCGUGUUUAUCGUCAGUGGCAGAGGCUGGGAGUCUCUGAGCGAGUGGCUAUCUCCGUGUGAAAAUCUUGGAAUAGCAGCUGAACAUGGAUACUUCAUAAGGUGGAGUAGCAAGAAGGAAUGGGAGACUUGUUAUUCAUCAGCUGAAGCGGAGUGGAAGAAUAUUGUAGAACCGGUUAUGAGAUCAUACAUGGACGCAACCGAUGGUUCCACUAUAGAGUUUAAAGAGAGUGCUUUGGUUUGGCAUCAUCAAGACGCUGAUCCAGACUUUGGAUCCUGCCAAGCAAAGGAGCUUCUUGAUCAUUUAGAGAGCGUACUUGCAAACGAGCCCGUUGUUGUCAAGAGAGGUCAACACAUCGUAGAGGUCAAACCACAGGGAGUAAGUAAAGGUUUGGCCGUGGAGAAAGUGAUACACCGAAUGGUGGAGGAUGGAAACUCACCUGACAUGGUGAUGUGUAUAGGAGAUGACAGAUCAGACGAGGACAUGUUUGAGAGCAUAUUAAACACAGUGACGAACCCGGACCUCCCAAUGCGGCCGGAGAUCUUUGCCUGCACGGUGGGGAGAAAGCCAAGCAAAGCCAAGUACUUCUUGGAUGAUGUCACUGACGUAUUGAAGCUCCUGGAAGGAUUGGGUGCUGCAUCGAGCAGCUCGAAGCCAGAGUAUGGACAAGAAUCCUCAUCAUCAUCCUCACAAACACAUGUGGCGUUUGAGAGCAUCAUCUGA